AAUUGAAAGGUCCGGAUGCCGGUGCACAGCUGCGUCCCUGCGCCUCUGCCCCUUGAGUUCCCCGCAGCCGCCUAGCGUGCUCCGGCCCAGGCGAGUGGGGGCCGUGGGGAUAGGCUUCUGAGCCCUCACAGCGCUGCCCUCCGACGGACGGCGCGGGACCUAGCCGGGAAGCGAGCGGAGCGGGCUGUUCAGAGCACGCGGCCAAAGGAACGUGUUUCCUGGAAAGGGCUUGUGGGCCUCCCUGCCAAUCCCUGUGAAACGGGAUGGAGCGGUGACAUUGUGCUGUCACUACUACUUGGUGCUGCGGGCGGUCUCCUGAGGAUGCUUUGUGCCUAAGGCCCCCCAUCGUUCUCAUUGUGCUGAAGAGGAAACAUUUAUUCGAGAAUAUUUACCUAACUUAGAAAAAAAUUUAACUUGGCACUAUGGGGAUACAAGGAUUACUGCAAUUUAUCAAAGAAGCUUCUGAACCUAUCCACAUGAGGAAGUAUAAAGGGCAGGUAGUAGCUGUGGAUACAUACUGCUGGCUUCACAAAGGAGCUGUUGCUUGUGCUGAAAAACUAGCCAAAGGUGAACCUACCGAUAAGUAUGUAGGAUUUUGUAUGAAAUUUGUAAAUAUGUUACUAUCUCAUGGGAUCAAGCCUAUCCUGGUAUUUGAUGGAUGUACUUUACCUUCUAAAAAGGAAGUGGAGAGGUCUAGAAGAGAAAGAAGACAAGCCAAUCUUCUUAAGGGAAAGCAGCUUCUCCGUGAGGGGAAGGUCUCAGAAGCCAGAGAAUGUUUCACCCGUUCUAUCAAUAUCACACACGCUAUGGCCCACAACGUAAUUAAGGCUGCUCGGUCUCAGGGAGUAGAUUGUCUUGUGGCUCCAUAUGAAGCAGAUGCACAGUUGGCCUAUCUUAACAAGGCUGGUAUUGUACAAGCUGUAAUUACAGAAGACUCUGAUCUCCUCGCUUUUGGCUGUAAAAAGGUUAUUUUAAAAAUGGACCAGUUUGGAAAUGGACUAGAAGUUGAUCAGGCUCGGCUAGGAAUGUGCAAACAGCUUGGGGAUGUGUUCACAGAAGAGAAGUUCCGUUAUAUGUGCAUUCUUUCAGGCUGUGACUAUCUCUCAUCGCUGCGUGGGAUUGGAUUAGCCAAGGCCUGCAAAGUACUAAGACUAGCCAAUAAUCCAGAUAUUUUAAAGGUUAUCAAGAAAAUUGGACAUUAUCUCAAGAUGAAUAUAACAGUACCAGAAGAUUACAUCAAAGGCUUUAUUCGGGCCAAUAAUACCUUCCUCUAUCAGCUAGUUUUUGAUCCCAUCAAAAGGAAACUCAUCCCUUUGAAUGCCUAUGAAGAUGACAUUGAUCCUGAAACACUAAGCUAUGCUGGGCGAUAUGUUGAUGAUUCUAUAGCUCUUCAAAUAGCACUUGGAAAUAAAGAUAUAAAUACUUUCGAACAGAUUGAUGACUACAAUCCAGACACUGCCGUGCCUGCCCAAUCAAGAAGUCAUAGUUGGACUGACAAAACAUGUCAAAAGUCAUCUAAUAUUAAUAGUAUUUGGAAUAGGAACUAUUGCCCUAGACUUGAGCUGGACAUUGUUUCAGUUGCUACAAAGGUGAAGGAAAAUCCAAGUACUGUGGGCAUUGAACUAGUGAUUAGUACUAAAGGAUUAAAUCUUCCAAGGAAGUCAUCCAUUGCAAAAAGACCAAGAAGUGAAGAGCCAUCAGAAGAUGAUCUAUUUGGUCAGUAUUCUACUUCCUUUACAAAGAAGAUCAAGAAAAAUAGUUGUGAAGGUGAUAAAUUAUUGAACUCUUCUGAACGGUUUAUGCCUGACCUGGUAGAUGGAAAUACUAUUAAAAAAAGCUUAAGCAUACCACCUAGGACAAGAAACAAAUUUGCAACAUUUUUACAGAGAAAAAAUGAAGAAAGUGGUGCAGUUGUGGUUCCAGGAACCAGAAGCAGGUUUUUUUCCAAUUCUCUGGGUUCUGCUGACUGUAUAUCAAAGAAAGCAAGCAGCCAGUCUCUAGAUGAAACUGCUGUCACAGAUAAAGAAGCCAGUGUAAAUGAGUCAGAUUGUCUAGAUGGCAAGAAGUUGUUAGAUAUCAGUGUAGCACAUAAUUCAAGUGAGCAUAUUCCAGAUGAUGUGACUGUGAUUGCUGAAGAGUCUCAGUCUUUUAAGACCAGCAGAUUCACAAGGACCAUCUCACCACCUACCUCGGGUACACUAAGAAGUUGUUUCAGUUGGUCUGGAAGUCUUGGAGAGUUUUCAAGAACACCAAGCCCCUCUCCAAGCACAGCAUUGCAACAGUUCCUUAGAAAGAGUGAUUCUCCCAUCUCUCUGCCUGAGAAUAAUGAGCCGUCUGAUGUAUCUCAGUUAAAGAGUGAUGAGUCAAGUGAUGAAUUUCAUCCCUUACAUGAAGUGGAUUGGUCUUCACAGUCUCAGGAAAGCAUGGACUUAUCACCACACAAUUUAAAUGCAUCAAAACUUUCUCAGCCUUCUAGUAAGGAUUUAGAUUCAGAGGAAUCUGAUUGCAAUUUUAAGUCACUUGAUAAUCAAGGUAUUCAGAAAUCCAAGCUAUACUUAUUUCAUUUUUCGAAAAAAGGCACGCUUCUAAGGAACAAGGUUCCUGGGCUGUAUAAAUCUAGUUCUGUGGACAGUCUUUCUACAACCAAGAUCAAACCUUUAGUACCUGCCAGAGUCAGUGGGCUGAGCAAGAAGCCAUCAAGCAUCCAUAAGAGAAAUCAUCAUAAUGCCGAGAACAAGCCAGGAUUGCAGAUAAAAAUCAAUGAACUCUGGAAAAAUUUUGGAUUUAAAAAAGAUUCUGAAAAGCUUCCUUCUUGUAAGAAGCCAGAUCCCCUGUCUCCAGUCAAAGAUAACAUCCAACUAACUCCAGAAGAAGAGGAUGUAUUUAACAAUUCUGACUGUAUGCGUGUUCAGAGAGCAAUAUUCCAAUAAACACGGGCAGCUGGGAGGCUAUUGCCUGCAAGAGAAUCUCUAUCAAUUUCAUAUCCUGUUUGAGAAUGAAGCAGUUAUCAGUAUGAAAGACUUGUUCUUAGAUCUAUGAUAUUUAUUUUUAAAGAGUACAUUUUGUAUAUUAACUAUGUAACUGUUUUUGUUCAGCUUAUUAUAUUUUCAUAAGAAGCUAACUAGAGAAAUAAUUUUGGUUUUGACAGGUUUUUGAAGUUUUAAUGUUAAUUGAGCAAGUCCCUUGGAACUUACAAAAAUCUACUCUAAAGAUUUCUGUAAUGUUGUCAAGUACAAGGAUGGUAAAUGGAAAACCACAAUUCUGUGGUCAUUUUGUACUAGAGGAAAUUACUGUGUUUCUUUGAGCUAUAGUUUUUUCACCUGCCUUUCCUGUCUGUCUUUCAGGGUUGAAUUGGAUAUACAGUUGCUGAGAUGGGAGGGGUAGUUGAAAGGGUUAAAGAUCUUGCAUAAAUGGGGCAGUGCUCUGUUUUCCCUGAAGAGUUUGGUUGCGUUACAGAUUGGCAGUAAAAGAAAAUUGGUUUCAGCAUCAUAUGGAAGGCACUACUUCUUAUAUCAUUAAUAUUCUUAAACUUCAAAAUAGCCUAUUUCUCUUAUAUGUCUUUUUUGAAGUGUGGGCUAAAAAUUCCCUAACGUAUAUUUAAAACUAGUAUCCUAGGUGCAAUGUAAAAUGCUAAAGCUGCAGGGUCUGUGAUGUGUACAUACUCUGCAAAGAAAUAGAUUCUUGGAAAGAAAACCAGCUAUGCAAGUGAAGAUCUGAAGUAAGGAAGUGAAGUAAGUGACAAUCUGACAGGAAGUAAAGGAAUUGUAAAAGUGUCUGAUAUAGAGGAUAAAGGAAAGGGAUCCAGAGCAUUUUAAUUUUUAAGUGAGACUUAGUAGAGGAGGUCAGAGUGGAACAAAAAACGUAACAUUGUAAGAAACAGCAUAAAAAUGUUAAAAGGGGAAAAAAUUUUUUUUAAAAAUCUGGAAAAGAUCAAAUACAAAGAACAAAAGCAAAUUUGAACUUUCUGUGAAUGUUUCCUGUUAUAGAACAAAUUAAGAAAGGGAAGAUGGUAGCAGUGCUGUAGUUUGUCAAUCUCCGAACCGUCGCAUAGCAGCAACUGGAUAGCAAAGUCAAAAUACUAAUGAACAACAUUACAACAAAUUUAGAUGGCAUCAUAUACUUAAAUCCUGAAAUAUAAGUGGGUGAAGACAAGCUACCAAAAGCCACAAGACCACAAAGUGGUACUGGCGUCUAUUUGGGAGAAGUAGAGCAUGGCAAUAGGGCAUCUAAUGGACCUGAGAACAGAACUUAAAUAGAAUGAUUAUUGAAACACAUAGCAGGCCAAGUUGCAAACAGCCGUUUGAAACUGGGAGACGCUUUGAGCAUUCCAGUGGUGAGUGAGUGCAGGAGACCUACAGUAAUGUCUGAAGGAAUGAAGCAAUGUAGUCCAUAUGAACUUUUGAAAUGAUUUGCCAUAUUUGUCAAGGCUCCACAGAAGAGAAACUGCUGGCUGUAAAACCAAAAUUGAGCAGGAGAGUGACAAUAGACACAAAGGAAGAUAAGGUUAAAUACAGUGAAGGGAGGAAUUGUUGACCAAGAAAUCUCAGCAGAAUACUGUUUUUGUUUUUGAACACUGAAAACAAAAACAAAAACCACCAACAACAAAACAGCUGAGGUUGAGAAGGUCCCAUGACCCAUGCCUCCUCAAAGUUAAAGAAAAUUAUUUUUACUUAAAAAGAAACCACAUAGGGCUUCCCUGGUGACACAGUGGUUGAGAGUCCGCCUGCCGAUGCAGGGGACAUGGGUUCGUGCCCCGGUCCGGGAAGAUCCCACAUGUCGCGGAGCGGCUGGGCCCGUGAGCCAUGGCCGCUGAGCCUGCGCAUCCGGAGCCUGUGCUCCGCAACGGGAGAGGCCACAACAGUGAGAGGCCCGCGUACCACAAAAAAAAAAAGAAACCACAUAAAAGUUUUUAGAUCAAUCCCUUACAAAAUUGAUUUAAAGGAGUCAAGAGCAGAAUAACAUCUUUACAAAUAAUGAAAAUCUACCAGAAAGGUCCCCAGAGCAGAUCAAAACCAGUCUAUUUCAAAAUGUGCUAGAAGUUAUUAAGAAAAUAGUGUAGGAUACGAAGGAAAUUUAGAAUUGGAAAAACUCAGAAGAAAAAAAAAAAAGAUAAGCUCAGGAAAGGAUUAGAAAAAAAUUUCGGAAAUUAAGGCUAAACUAGAAGGAACACAAGCAAAUAAACAUACAGAUAGAUGAUGCCUUAAAAGAAAUAGGUAAAAAUCAAAACAAAAUGGAAAAAAAACACUUUAAAAGAGUAGGAAGUGACAGAUGUUGAAGAUGAGGCAGAAAGUCCAAUAUAAAGAUAAUAGGAGUCUCUGAAGAAAAAAACCCCUAUUUUCAGAAAACGUUAAUUUUUAAAAGAUUUGAAACAAUAUUUUUUAAAUGCACUAUUAUACCCAAGAUUAUUGAUCCCAAACUGCCAACACCAAGACAUAAGUGACAACAAGUUACUUUAAAGAAAGGAAAAAUCCUCUGGGUAGGCAAGAACAGCAAGUGACAUGUAAGAAAAAAAAAGAUGAUCAUCACACUUUCCACAAUUAUUCUUUAUACAUGAAGAAAAUGGAGUAACUUGUUAAAGAUACUCAAGGGAAAAUGUAAGCAAAGGCUUUUAUGUUCAACAAAAUCAACUUUCAAUUAUAAAGGGCACAAACUUAUCCAUCGAACAAGAAUUUGGAAAAUACUGCUCACUAAGCUCUUCCUGAGGAAUCAGAAAAUAACUGAAAUAGAGAAACAGCACCAUAAAGAUUGGUGGUGACCAUCAAACAUAGUGACUUGUACAAUUAAAAAUUUGGGAGCUAAAGGGCAGAGUAUGAUAUGCAAUGGCUGUAUGUCCAGAUGACACAGGUAGUAUAAAUACAGAGGAGAGAUCAUAUGCAAAACAUUUGGUUUAGCUCGUAGUAGUAGUCUGAUAUUGUUAUUUUAGGACCAUUCUGUAUAUAAUGUGGGAUAGAAUAAAUGAAUAUUUAUGGGA